GUGUGUGAGUGUAACAAGAGCUGAGCUCAACAACAGCUGAAGCUCGGGUGGGGCAAGGAGCCACUCAGACAGAAGUUCUCUUGGUGUUUCUUUCUUACAAAGUAUCACUCUGGCGUGUCGAAGGUGGCGAUCAACUAAUUCUGGUGAUGGCGGCCAGGUCUAUUUGGACUUGUUCGGUUGUGGUUGCGCUUCUGUAUACGGUAUUGCAAGUCAGUGCAAAUGAAGAGUCUGAGGUCAUAGCGCAUAUUUUUAAGAAUUACAAUAAGAACAUCCGUCCAGCGAGGCACCCGGAUGACAAGGUGGAUGUUCAGGUCAAACUCACCCUCACCAACCUGAUCUCCUUGAAUGAGAAAGAGGAGACGCUGACCACCAAUGUAUGGAUUGAGAUCCAAUGGGAAGACUAUCGUCUGUCGUGGAACGCCUCAGAGUACUACAACAUCGGUGUUGUCCGUGUACCCUGCACCUCUGUGUGGCUGCCCGAUAUAGUGCUGGAGAACAACAUCGAUGGAAAAUUUGGUGUGGCAUAUUAUGCGAAUGUACUAAUCUACAGUAGUGGCGGUAUUUACUGGUUACCCCCAGCCAUCUACCGCAGCACCUGCAGUAUAGAGAUCACCUACUUCCCAUUCGACUGGCAAAACUGUACGCUGGUCUUCAGGUCUCAGACAUACAGUGCUAACGAGAUCAACAUUAUCUUGGCCAUCGAUUAUGAGACCAACAAGCCCAUCGAAUGGGUGGAUAUCGACCCCGAGGCCUUCACUGAAAACGGUGAAUGGGCUAUCAAGCAUCGGCCGGCACGCAAACUUAUCAACACACGCUAUUCCCCAGAAGACUUGGAGUACCAGGAGGUCUACUUCAACCUCAUUAUACAGAGGAAACCCCUCUUCUACAUCAUCAACAUGAUUCUGCCCUGCUCACUCAUCUCCUCACUUGUCGUGCUGGCCUAUUUCAUGCCUGCUAAGGCGGGAGGACAGAAGAUAACCGUGUCCAUCUCCGUACUCCUGGCACAGACUGUCUUCCUCUUUCUGAUAGCUCAGAAGAUUCCAGAAACUUCUCUAUCUGUACCUCUUAUCGGAAAGUACCUGAUCUUCGUUAUGUCUGUCACAACGCUCAUUGUCACAAAUUGCAUCAUAGUUCUUAACUACUCCUGCCGGACCCCGAGCACACACUCCAUGUCACACAAACUCAAACAUAUGUUCCUGGAGGUGAUCCCUCGGUUCCUGGGUAUGACCCCGGUGGACGAGGGAGAGGAAGCUGGAGGGAUGGAUGGAGUAAGGGAAAGGAGACGCAGCUCAUUUGGACUGAUGCAGAGGGCGGAAGAGUAUGUUUUGAAGCAGCCAAGGAGCGAGAUGAUGUUCGACAAGCAGAGAGAAAGACACGGGCUUACGCGUUCGUUCGUGGACGCUAUCGAUGUGAGCACCACGGCCAGUCUCUAUAAAAGUUUGGCACAAGCAGCACCAGAGAUUAAAGAGUGUGUGGAUGCCUGCAACUUCAUUGCAGAGAGCACAAGGGAACAGAAUGACAUUGGCUCUGAAAUGGAGAGUUGGGUGCUGAUCGGCAAGAUGAUCGAUAAAGUCUGCUUCUGGGCAGCCAUCUUGCUCUUUUCCAUCGGAACAGUGGCCAUCUUCCUCAUGGGUCAUUUCAACCAGGUGCCUGAGUACCCUUUCCCUGGGGAGAAUAAAAAAUAUGUUCCAGAGUAAAGUCUGAGCUGCUCCUGUCUGCUGUUGGUCUCACAGAAAAAGAGGAACAGAGACGAGGAGAAAGCACAAGCAUUCUGUCUAUCAUAUUAGCAUUUAAUUAUGCUAAUUCUAGAGGUUUUGGAAUGAGUCCAAUUCAGAAAAGCAUACUAACCACCCUACACUGCAAGACCCAUGCAAAAAACAGAAGGUUAUGUCCCAAAGCACAUCCUUCUAAUGAUAUGCCAAAAUAUAUACUCCACCUACUGGAAACAAAAUGGCGUAAAAUUGUCAUGCAGCGUUUUUAAGGUGCAGUAAAUGUCCAAAAGUGUAUAUAAAGCCGAAGAUAUUAAAUCCUUAAAAAAAUGGAAAAUUGUUAUUUACAGUGUGUAUUAUUUAGUGUUGCCAUGCAAUAAAGUUUGUUAGUUAUUUUGUUAA